AUGCGGUCUUUCAAAGAGCUCACACAGCAUGUCGUCUUCUUUGCGCCUAACCAGUACAGAACCCUCCGCGAUUCACGUCGGCGGCGAGUGGAAGAUGAGACCAUUUUGUGGAAUUCGGGGCUUUGGACUCGACUUCACCCUUCUUUGCAGCAGGGCUACAAGCUCUGUCUGAGUCUGGUAGCCGCUGUCUGGCUGCUCUGCCUGAUAUUCGCCAUAUGGGCAGGCGCAACUCAUCCAGUUGGUGCCGGCUUUGUUGUCACGUUGCGGACUGGCAGCUGUUCCGCCGUCAGCAGAUCAAAUUUCUGGAUUCAUCUCCUCAUCAACGCUGUCGCUUCGGCUAUCUAUGCCGUCUCUUCUUAUGUCAUGCAGAGAUUGGCAGCUCCAACGCGUAUCGAUAUCGACAAUGCACACCGGGAGGCUUCUAGCCUCAAGAUCGGAUCGUUAGCGAUAUCAAACUUUAGUGUAUUGAGCAAGAAGAAGCUGGCGACGUUCGCACUUCUCUGGUGCAGCUCCAUGCCUCUGCAUUUGAUGUUCAAUUCGGUAGUGGUCUACACGUCGACCAAUUCAGAAUGGAGUUCAUAUGUUGUUCGAAUUACGAACAGCAACCUGCAGAACGCUAGAGCCAAUGACUCUGUCAUACAUCGCGACCUUGUCAGAUAUUACGCCGGCUUCAACCUCGAUGGAGUCCAGUACGAUUAUCCGAAUUAUGACCAGCGAGAGCUGUUACUUCAGAUGAUUGUACACCAGCAGCCACCACUUGUCCCACUGGCUCGUCAGCAAUGCAUCGAGAAGUACGCGACGGGCCUGAGUACGCAAUGGAGUGACUUGCUCCUUGUGACAGAAGGUGACUCUGGGACAAUCGUGACAAACAAAAGCCCCUAUCCUCGCGACUUUCCGCAGUAA